UUUUGCUUCUUUUUCCAAAUCUCUCUCUCUCAUUGCAAUAAUGGAUUAUACAAUAAAGAAUGGUUGAGCAGUUUCAAUCUACCGCACCGCUCUCUCCAUUUUUCUCUGCAAAAUUUUCCUCUCGGCUCACUCCUGCAACAGCAACUACUGGAAUAAAGCUUCAUUUUCGCUUCUUCUUCUUCCAUCGGGGCGCUCGCCGGAGAGAAAUCGCCUCUUCUGCCGACUAUAUUCAAGUUAGUGGCCUGGAUGCAACACUCUUUCAUUUGUCAAGGAACUGCAGUGUGCUGACACAGAAAUGGAGCAGUAUGAAAUUCUAGAGCAGAUUGGCAAGGGUUCAUUUGGCUCUGCUCUUCUUGUAAGGCAUAAGCUUGAAAAGAAAAGAUAUGUCCUCAAGAAGAUUCGUCUUGCUCGCCAGACUGAUAGAACAAGAAGGUCAGCUCAUCAGGAGAUGGAGCUUAUAUCUAGAGCACGCAACCCCUUUAUUGUGGAGUACAAAGAUUCUUGGGUAGAAAAGGGUUGUUACGUGUGUAUUGUUAUAGGAUACUGUGAAGGAGGUGACAUGGCUGAGGCUAUAAAAAGAGCCAACGGUGUUCAUUUUCCUGAAGAGAAACUUUGUAAGUGGCUUGUUCAACUUCUUAUGGCACUUGAUUACCUUCACUGCAACCAUAUUCUUCACCGUGAUGUCAAGUGUUCAAAUAUAUUCUUGACAAAAGACCAAGAUAUUCGCCUCGGUGAUUUUGGCCUUGCUAAGAUGUUGACCUCGGAUGAUCUUGCUUCAUCUGUUGUGGGUACUCCAAGUUACAUGUGUCCUGAGCUUCUUGCUGACAUACCUUACGGUUCAAAGUCAGAUAUAUGGUCUCUUGGAUGUUGCAUAUAUGAAAUGGCUGCCCACAAGCCAGCAUUUAAAGCCUUCGAUAUGCAAUCCUUGAUCAAUAAAAUAAACAAGUCCAUUGUGGCUCCACUUCCAACCAUGUAUUCCGGUGCAUUUCGAGGGCUUGUCAAAAGCAUGCUGCGAAAAAAUCCAGAGCUUCGACCAAGUGCUGCUGAAUUGCUGAAUCAUCCGCAGCUCCAGCCUUACAUUCUUAAGAUCCACGUUAAAUUGAACAGCCCUAGGCGAAAUACUUUUCCCCUUCGAAGGUCUGAUACAAACUACAUCAAGAAAACAAGAUUUGUAGAGCCUGGAUCUGAUAGCACAAAAAAAUUUAGAGAGAAGAGGCUGUCCUUUAGUAAUGAUAGGGCAUUAAAUCCGAGCAUCUCCAUGACCGAGGAAGAUUCAUCAUGUUCCUCCCGAAGAUCGCAGCAGUUGCCCAGUUUUUUGAAUAGAAAGUUUGAUGAAUUUUCUGUUGGUAGUGGUGUGGAGAAAGAAAGUGAUGUUGAGCAGUCAAGAAUUACAAAGUUCCCAACAGUUUCGAAAACCCCAAGAUUGGCUACUGCUGCUAAGGCUUCUGCUACACCCAAAAAGCAGACGAUCUCAUCGAAGUUUUCACCUGCAAACUUCAAUUCUAUUCCAGCAUCACAUACCCCAGCUAGAAGAUCUUCACAAUCAGCUCGCAGGGCAUCUCUUCCACUGUCAAUAAAAGCUGCAGGUUUUCCCACUCCUUACAGGUCGAGUACCGGGCUGCUUCAUAGCAUGAACUCUCCCAAUAUCUCCGUCAAUGCCCCGAGAAUCGAUAAGAUUGCAGAAUUCCCCUUGGCUUCUUCCGAGGAUCCUCUCCUUCACAUCCGUGGGACUUCAUCAACAUCACCACAGUGCUCUGCCAACUCACAAGAUUUCACCAACUGCUCAAUUACGAAGGACAAAUGCACAGUCCAGGUCAUGGACAAAACCACCACGACGAAAUCCAGUCCUCUCAAUUCCAGCUACAGGGUUCCUGGGAAUGGAAGUGACUACUUUGAUCACAAUCCAGCAAUAAUUGCCUCUUCAAGCCGUUUAUCGUUCGAGGCACGGCAGCGUCGGUUCGACACCUCAUCGUACCAGCAACGGGCCGAGGCACUGGAGGGGCUUCUGGAGUUCAGUGCCAAAUUACUACAGCAAGAAAGAUUUGAAGAGCUUGGGGUGUUGCUGAAGCCGUUUGGACCUGAGAAGGUUUCUCCCAGAGAGACUGCCAUAUGGUUGGCCAAAAGCUUCAAGGAGGCAACAGUGUAAGUUCAAUACCCACUUCUAAAACUUACCAUUACCACUUGUACAUUGCCUCAACUCUCACUCAACUUACUAGGAAUUUAGCCUCUCUCUUUUUUUUUUCUGUUUCUUUUUUGCCUCUCUUGUACCCUUCUUCAUAUGCUAAAAGUUAGGUUCUUAGAAAUUGAGGAGAAUGGAAGCCUGAACAAUGUUUUUUUUCCUCUCUUCCUGAUAUGCUAGAAGUUGGGUUCUUACCAAUUUUGAUACUUGCACUAAUUUUAAGAUAAUUUUAAUUUUAUAGGUUAGAUUAUAGUUUUCCUUUAUUUCAACAGAGAUGUGGUGACAGUCCAUAUGAAUUCAUUGAAGAGCUCAGUUCCUUUUGAGA